CCAGAAGUGGGAGCCAUUACUGCAGGUCCCUCAGAGCUCGGCAGUCAAGAUGUGUGACUUUACUGAGGAUCAGACAGCAGAGUUCAAGGAGGCCUUCCAGCUGUUUGAAAGAACAGGUGAUGGCAAGAUCCUGUACAGCCAGUGUGGGGAUGUGAUGAGGGCCCUGGGCCAGAACCCAACCAAUGCCGAGGGGCUCAAGGUCCUGGGGAACCCCAAGAGUGAUGAGAUGAAUGUGAAGGCACUGGACUUUGAGCACUUUCUGCCCAUGCUGCAGACUGUGGCUAAGAACAAAGACCAGGGAACCUAUGAGGAUUAUGUUGAAGACCUUCGGGUGUUUGACAGGGAAGGGAAUGGCACUGUCAUGGGUGCUGAAAUCCGUCCUGUCCUAGUCACACUGGGGGAGAAGAUGACCGAGAAGGAAGUGGAAAUGCUAGUGGCAGGGCAUGAGGACAGCAAUGGUUGUAUCAACUAUGAAGAGCUUGUCCAGAUGGUGCUGAAUUACUGAAGACAUUCCCAGUAU